CCCAAAUGACACAUAUCUCAGAAGGUUUAAAUAGUCCCAACAGCGACUGAAAAUCACGCGAAGACGAAAAUACCGUAUCAACAACAGUUAAAAAAGACUUAAAAUAAAACAAACAUGAGCUACUUUCCAUCUUUUUCAACAGAGACCUGGGCUCUGCUUGUUUUGCUUCUAACCUUGCUGAUCGUAUAUGGGUAUUGGCCAUAUGGAACCUUCAAAAACAUUGCUGUUCCCGGACCUAAGCCUCUCCCCUUUUUUGGAACAUUUCUUGAAUACAGAAAGGGUGUCCACAACUUUGACAUGAACUGCUUCAAGAAAUAUGGAAAAUUGUGGGGGUUUUAUGAUGGCAGGCAGCCAGUAAUGUCCAUAAUGGACACUGCAAUGAUCAAGACAAUUCUGGUCAAGGAGUGCUAUAGCCUCUUUACUAAUAGAAGGAAUUUCGGUCUGAAUGGUCCACUCUAUGAUGCCCUGUCUAUUGUUGAAGAUGAAGAAUGGAAGAGGAUGCGCAGUGUCCUCUCCCCAUCCUUUACCAGUGGACGAUUGAAAGAGAUGUUUCCAAUCAUGACUCACUAUGCCAAAAUUUUGGUACAAAGUCUACAGAAGAAAUCUGACAGAAAUGAACCAGUACAAAUGAAAGAAUUCUUUGGUCCAUACAGCAUGGAUGUUGUUACCAGCACAGCUUUCAGUGUCAACAUUGACUCUCUCAACAACCCUGAUGACCCCUUUGUGGCCAAUAUCAAGAAAAUGCUCAAAUUCAACUUUUUACACCCUCUUCUUAUAAUUAUAAGUCUCUUCCCUUCCCUUACCCCAUUGCUGGAAAAACUAGAGGUUACUCUUUUUCCUCGCUCAGUAAUGACCUUUUUCUAUGACUCUCUUCGGAAAAUAAAGGCUGAUCGUCAAAAAAAUGUUCACAGUAAUCGAGUGGAUUUCUUGCAGUUGAUGGUGGAUUCACAAAUACCAGAUGAAGCAACUGAGACCAAGGAAGGAGAAAAGCCACCUAAAGGUCUGACAGACCACGAGAUCCUGUCUCAGUCCAUGCUGUUCAUUUUUGCCGGCUACGAAACUACAAGCUCAACUCUUUCAUUCUUGGCUUACAAUCUAGCAACUAACCCAGAUGCCUUGAAGAAACUUCAAAAAGAGGUUGAUGAAGUUUUUCCAAACAAGUCUCCAGUGACAUAUGAGGCACUGAUGCAGAUGGAAUACUUGGACAUGGCACUGAAUGAGUCUCUCAGGCUGUAUCCCCCAGCAGGGCGAGUGGAAAGGGUUUGUAAGAAAACGAUUGAGAUCAAUGGGGUGACCAUCCCCAAGGGAAUGGUCAUCAUGAUUCCAUCAUAUGCUCUGCACCGUGACCCUGAGCACUGGCCAGAACCUGAAGUCUUCAAACCUGAGAGGUUUAGCAAGGAAAACAAAGAAAGCAUAGACCCAUAUGCCUAUCUGCCAUUUGGAGCUGGACCUCGGAAUUGUAUUGGAAUGAGGUUUGCCAUCAUUGUCAUGAAAAUGGCAAUAGUGCAGAUACUUCAGAAUUUCAACAUUGUAACCUGCAAGGAAACUGAGAUCCCACUUGAACUGGAUAAUCAAGGAUUCAUCGCACCCAAAAGACCCAUAACGCUGAAGCUUGUCCCUCGCACUCUACACCUCGAGGAAUAACCAGCCAGUAUCACCUUCUCUGGCAUCUGAUCAGCAGUUUAAAUAAUUAAUAACAGACGUGACAGAAUAAUCAGAGAAUUUUGGAAAGAAAUCAGCUUUUUUAUUACAAAAGGUUUCUACAGAAAAAAUAAAUGACAAAUAUAUACAUUUUAUAAACAUUUCAAUGAGAAAAUGAACCAAGAUUAGUUUUUUAGAUAAAUUUGUUUCAAAAUUUUUAGCCUGGUAGAAAACAGUGCUGUAAAACCAUAUACA